CCUCCAUCAUUCAUCAGCAUCCUCUCCUUCCAUGCUCUUCCUCCGUCUAAACCGGGACGACUCUCCCAACCCUGCUCUGGACACACGGCUUUACAGGACAGAAGAAUGCCCAGUGUAACGGUAAAGGAUGUCAACCAACAGGAGUUCGUCAAGGCUCUGUCAGCAUUCCUUAAGAAGUCUGGUAAACUGAAGGUCCCAGAGUGGGUGGACACAGUGAAGCUGGCCAGACACAAGGAGCUGGCUCCCUGUGACGACAACUGGUUUUACACCAGAGCAGCAUCUACAGCGCGCCACCUGUACCUGCGAGGAGGUGUGGGUGUGGGCUCCAUGAUCAAGAUCUACGGAGGCCGCCAGAGGAACGGCGUCUGCCCGGCUCACUUCAGCGUGGGCUCCAGGAACGUGGCCAGGAAGGUCCUCCAAGCCCUGGAGGGUCUGAAGAUGGUGGAGAAGGACCCCAAUGGCGGUCGCAGACUUACUCCUCAGGGCCAGAGAGAUCUAGACAGGAUUGCUGGUCAGGUCGCCUCAGCAAACAAGAAGCAGCGAAGUCUACAGAGCUCUAUCUGAAGAAAAGCAUGCAGAGCAUACACGCAAGUAAAAGGCAGGCAUCUUUCACUGCUUAUUUACUCAAGUUUGCUUGCCUCCCAUCUCAAUUCAGUGCCCACAGUAAACAGGGACUAAAGAAUGUUCAUAGAGAUGCAUGAGUCCAUAGCAUGCUGCAGUACUUAUGGAAUAUUAUACAUGAAUGUUUUGCAAGUUUUUCUGUACACAAAAACAUAGAUAAUGCAGUAUUAACAAGCAAGAGCAUGUUAGUGUUGUUGGCCAAAGCAAAGCUGUUGAAAAACAUGAUAAUAAAAAUGUAAA